CGAUACUUGCUACUUACCUGGUAGGCAAUUACUCCUGCCCGUUUGACCUUGACAGGAAAGGCACUGCCAGCUUUUGGGUAUUGGGUUAGCCAACAUCACUCAACACGGACACGGAAGCAGCCGAGUUUCAAGCCGCUUUUUAUGCAUAUCACGUGUUCACGUGAUUGUGGCUUCAUCCAAAACCCACCGAGUCCAGAUUUCCUUACCUGCAAUUCGACCUCUAUUCAGACUCAAACAGCCAUGAUAGAGCAAUAUCCUGAAUUCUCACACAACCAUGUUCGCAGAUGAUGAGUAUGAGUAUGAGUAUGAUGAGAACGAAACAGAGACAUUCCUCGUGGAUCUUGACCUUUCGUCGGUGAAUCAAACUACCCGCGCAAGAGUUCCUGGAGCGCCUAAGCGGGUGAUCCCUUCCAAGAGAGCAGCCGACGACUAUCUUCCGCAAUCGCCCGAUGGACCUGAAGCCACUCCCAAUCCAACAGAGAACCUCGAUGCAGGCACCAAUGGACCUACGACAACUCAGGGAUCACCAUAUGGUGAGGCAGGAGACGAAGGUCCCGGGAUGUCACCCUUUAGGGAGACUGUCCAGAUUUUAGACCUCCACUCUACCAACCCGAUCGUUUCCUACAUGGGUCAAGUAUACAGCUGCAUGUGGACAGAUAUGAUUGGCACCAACAUGUUCUUCACUCAUCCUGGCUCAACGGCCCGUAUGGACACUUUGCAAUCCACUGACGACUAUGAUCUGAUCGGAACGUCACGGAUCAAACUCGUUGCUGAAGGGGCAAAAGUGGUGAAGAGCAACGCGCCGGGUGAAGGACUCCAGGAAAAAGGCGACAACACAAGACGACAGCGAGCCGGAUCGGAUGACGUUGUGGAUGGUAGUAGUCUGGGAGAUUUCCACCGCUCAAACCCCAAGGUGAAUGUGCAGAUGAAAAAACAGGCAUCAUUCCUUGAGAAAUUGAUGAACAUCAAACGUCAACGUGGAGAACAAGACCUUGUCCGAACAUACGUCAACGAAAGAUCUGUUGCAAGAGAGAAGCCUGCAAUGCAUGAGACUAUGCACGACGAGAUAGACGACUUGAAUCGACAAGUGAUCAGAGGAGAUGCUGGUGCUCUCACGAGGCUUCAAGAAAUCUAUUCUCGACUAAAUGAACAAAACCAGGACGGAGAGUCCCAACAAGAAGCUCCAACGCUGGGCGAUAAACCUGACUGACACGACCAACUCCCAUAUUUUUCCAACGCUUGGUGUCGCUAACCAGAACUCCAGCCUUCGGUGCAAUAUUGCCAGAAUGCAAACCUAAGAAUGACAAUGCAGAAGUGAACCCAUAGGUUGCAGCCAGCCACCACACCACGCUCCAAAUGAACCGAAACGACCAAGAAUGUAAGGAGGAAGAUGUCGUUUCAUUCGUCGUGCUUAUCGCGGUUCCAGUGCACUGGAGAUGGUGGAGGAGGUGGAGGUGAAUGUUCCGGAAACUGUCUUCGCUCAGUGUAAGAGGCAUAUUUGGGUCGCGGAGAGGCCUCAACAGCUUUUCGGAUAUCUCGGCUCGAGGUCUCAGAUGCGAGGACCGUUGAUCGAUAAGAAGAUCGAUGCAUGGCUUCGUGCGGAGCAGGCAUUUUCUCGGUCGUGCAAGGAUGAUCUGUAUAUAGGCAGCUGCGAUGCUGGCCCUCCACAGUCAGCGCUCUGCAAGUGUUAGGCUGAUGCUUACAUGGAGAUCAACUCACUUGUCGGUGGUGUGCUUCGCAAUGGUGAUCGCCGGCUAUGUGCUGCAGGUACUAGGUACAGCCGAUGAGGAGAAUCGUUGUGAUCAGCAGGGAUAUCUGGGACUACUUAUGGUCUGUGGCAGGCAAUGGGUGGGUGAGAGGAAAAUUCAGAUCAGGAACAGGGAAGUCGGAGUUUUCCAAGAAGAAUUGACGGCAGUCAAAUACCCCCUUCGCCUGGAGAAAAAAGAGUCUGGGACUUGUCGUUCAGAAAUCAUGGCGGUGAAAGACGACGUGGGAUGUCACAUUUCAAACGAAUCCGGCUGGCCAGUCGACCCCAAAUGGGCCAGAGCUGUUUCCCCGUAACCACGAGGGCGGCUUCUUGGGCCUUUGGAUCCUGGAUCCCUUGCUGGGGCAGGGGUAAAUGAAUGGGGAGCUGACCAACGCCGCUUGCAUUCAUUCAUACGAGUAUG